CGUGCUUAUUCUUGCCCAUCUUACUCUAAUUAAUAUCUUUCCUCACUCUCGCUUCUUCGCAAUUCGUUUCUUAUAUACACAGCUCAACCUGUCCUCUUUGGGAAUUUCCCAUUCAUCUCUUCAGCUCUUUCUUCCCGGGGAGCGACAGAACAUUCAUGUUAAAAACAGAGCAAGCCUUCUGGAUAUUCUAGGAUAAUUUUCUCCCUCACUACCCCUAUUUUCAUUCGAUUUUCCGGGAAUUUGUACGGGUGUGUUUGUGAUCCUACUGGGUGUUUCUUUCUGUAUGUAGGUUUAAGGGUAAAGCGUCGGCUUGUCUGUGUCCGAGAAGUGGGUUUCUUAAGUAUCCAACAAAGACGAGUAGGUUUGAGUUUUCUUGAAGGUUUAGUCGAAUAGCGAAAGAGAGAGAACCUAGUCAAUGUUAAGACUAUAAUUGCGGGAAAAUUAGUGUCUCCGGCCGAAGUUUUAGUGGUGAAAUUACAAGAUUGCCGGCAAAGUUACCUUUCUGGGAAACAGAGAGACAAGGAAGGAGAGAUAUAGAUAAAUUGACAGCAAGAUUUAGUUUUCCGGGAAAUUCGGCGUCCCAACGUCAAAGAAUAGGAGUCUUUACGAAAUCCGUUUGCAUUUCAAAUAUUUUCCUCCUCCUUCCAAACAGAUCAUUCCGAGUCCAGCAAUUUCUCGUUCUCCCCCCCUCCCCAUCCCCUGGUUUUAUAUUUUCGCCUCUGGGUUGUCUCUGUUUUCAGGGUUGGGAGUGAAGCUGAAACACACCCCCUUCCCUUUCACCUUCUUCUUAUCACCCUCUUUUUGUCCUUCUCCUUUCCGUCCAAACGAUGAUUUUCGAUAAAGGGCCAAUGCAAUCUAACCUUGACUGCUUCCUCAGACGUACUACACCUGUGGUUCGAUCCCAAUUUCUACCAAAGUCUGAGAUUAGGAACCUUAAUCGUUUAUGGCAUCCCUGGGAGAGACAAACCGUUGAGUAUUUCACCUUGCGUGAUCUCUGGAAUCGUUACGACGAAUGGAGUGCGUACGGAGUUGGAGUUCCGAUCACUUUGAACAAUGGGGAGACCCUUGUACAGUACUACGUGCCUUACCUCUCUGCAAUUCAGAUAUUCACGGGCAAUACUUACAGGGAAGAGACUGAGUCUGGGGACAGUGAGACAAGGGAUUCGUGUAGUGAUUCUUUCAGCGAGGAGAGUGAGAGUGAUAAGUUAUGGAGGUGGGAUGGGAGUUCUUCAGAGGAAGGAGGGUUGGAGCAAGAUUGUCUCUGGCAUCUGAAUGACAGAUUGGGUCAUCUCUACUUCCAGUAUUUUGAGAGAUCAACUCCUUAUGGAAGAGUCCCUUUGAUGGAUAAGGUUACUGGGUUAGCUCAAAGAUUCCCCGGUUUGAUGUCCUUGAGAAGUGUGGAUCUUUCACCGGCUAGCUGGAUGGCCGUUGCCUGGUACCCCAUAUAUCAUAUCCCUAUGGGAAGAACAAUCAAAGAUCUGUCCACCUGCUUCCUCACAUACCACACACUGUCAUCUUCAUUCCAAGAUAUGGACAUCGAAGAUGAGAGCGAGGGAGGGCACGCGAAGAGAAAAGAAGGGGAAGGCAUGUCUCUGCCAGCAUUUGGAUUGGCUACGUAUAAGAUGCAAGGCAGUUUGUGGGUGUCGGGUAAUUAUGGUAGGGACCAAGAGAGAAUAUUGUCAUUACUCAGCGUGGCAGAUUCAUGGUUGAAGCAACUAAGGGUCUCUCAUCAUGACUUCAAUUACUUUAAUGGCAUUCGCCAUCCUUGAAUCUAUCCUUCGUAUGAUCCGUUCUUGGCACGCAUUUGACCACUCAAUCUCUUCUUUGUGGAAUCUGAAGGUUUUACAGGAUGGAUCCUCUGUAACAGUGCAGGAGAGGCGUUUGAAAGGAGAAAGAUUGAAAGUGUUUUAGAUACUUGGCUCCACAUUUUCGUUCUUUCUCUUUGACUGCACGAGGACAGUUUUGCAGAGGAUGGGGAUGCAAAGUUUCGCUAUGACAUUGCCUUGGACUAUUUUGGCGUUUUUCUUUGUUCCAUUUUUCUUCUUUUGGGUGUGAAGAGUGCUGAGGGGUGUGAUAGUUGUUACACAAGGCUAGAGAGCAAUUUAGGGGAGAGGGAUGUGUUCAUCUUUUUCUUUUCUUUUCUUUUUUUAACAGCCUCUGAUGAAGGAAAGGCUUUGUAUGUAAAGAGGAGAGAGAGGGGUGGAGUGAGCGAGGGCAAAAGUCAGAGGGCGAGGCCAUAGAACUUGGAAUAUGGAUUGUGUGGAUCACUUGAUUUUCGCCAUAACGGAUUCAGUCAGCCGCGUGUUGAACUCCA